UCACAACACACCAGCAGAUGUUUCUGAAGCCGCACCUUUGUGGAUGACCUUCCGGUCGCACAUGACGUCAUGUUACAUCAUCGGGGGUUCCCCCACAUGGCAAACAUGGCGAUGGCGUAGUGCUGUUGCGUUGUGUUGGUCGUUUUUUCAGGCAGGUUGUCACUAAAGACAGGUGGAUUCUGAUGUUUCUACGUCAUGUGGAGGAUUCUACAAGGACUCCCCCGGGUGUUGCGGCCGCAAAUCAGCUCAGCUGCUGGUAACCAUGGCAACAGGACGCUGUCGCCAGGGCUGUGGCUGGAGGAAGGAGAGCACGAUGCGAGUUCAGCGCAGAGGUCACCACGGGUGACGACUGUGGGGACUCGGCCGUUUGUAGUCAGACUUCAUUCUGAUGGAGCAGGCCAUAACCAUGGCAAGAAGGAAAAGGUCAAACAAGACUUCUGGUCCAACUUUGACACAAAGGACCUUCAUAGUUUGUUUGAUGUUAUUGGCUGGGGUUCUGCCAUUUUACUGGGGUUCCAGCUAUGCCGCCAUCUUUCCUGGGACGUGAGUGGAGAUGGGGAGGGGCGGCGUCUGGUGCACACUCUCUACAAACUUGCCUUCUCCCUGCCCCAAUCCCACCACUCCGUGCUGCCCAGUAAUGACAGGAACUCCCUGCCCCCCUCCCAUCCCUCUGAGCUGCCCAGUGCCCAGGACCAGGCAGAGGAGCAGACCAGGCAUCGAUCUGUAGCUGCAGCAGCACCACUCCCUGAGCACAAACUGCACCAAAAUGAGCUCCUGCAGCAGGCUCUGGCUGAGUUUGAGACUGCUACAAAGUCGUGUUCAGCAGCGAUUCAGCACGCCAUAGGGCUGCAGCUGGCACGGGAGGGUGACAUCAGACAUGCUGUGGACAUGUUCAGGAUUGCAAGUGCUGCAGGAAGUGCGAAGGCCCAGUACAAUCUGGGGGUUUGCUAUGAGCAGGGUAGAGGGGUGGACAGAGACCUCAGUAAGGCAGCUGAGCUGUACCAACAGUCUGCUGAGCAGGGCCAUGGCCGGGCACAGUACAACCUGGCCACCCUGUACCUGCAUGGGGGAGGGGGGCUGCAGCAGGACACACACAAGGCACUGAGUCUGCUGCAACAAGCAGCAGCACAGGGGGUGCAGCAGGCCCAGUCCUACCUGGGUGUUUACUGGACCAUGGAGCCCCACAGAGACAUGUUCACAGCCAGCCAACACUUCACCAGUGCAGCACAGCAGAAGCACACAGGUUCUCAGUACCACCUGGGGGUUUGUUACGAGCGUGGCUGGGGCGUGGAGAGGGAUCUAACCCGAGCUGUGGAGCUGUACAUGUCUGCUGCUGCUGCCGGCCACACACAGGCAGCACACAACCUGGCUGUCCUGCAGGAAGGGGCAGCAGGAGAUGCAGGAAUUGAAGGUGAAUCACACAAAAUAGUUUCUACACAAGACAGACCAGAAGCUUCCUUGCAAGCAAUAGUCAAGGUCCCAGAUAUUCAGAUAUCUGAACACACACCAUCAUCAAAAGUGAGCCAUAGGUGCCCGAAAGACCUGAAAUCUGAGGAGUCUGUAGAAGUUCUACCCUGCAACCUGUCAGCUGUGUCUUUUCAUGACCUUGGAGAGGACAGCAAUGAUGCUGUGUCUUUUUGUGACCUUGGAGAGGACAGCAAUGAUGACUUUGAAAAAUCCAGCCAUAGUGACCUUGGAAAGGACAGCCAUCAUGACCUUGGAAAACCUGGCUGUUAUGACCUUGGGGAGAACAGCAAUGACUUUGGGACAGCCAGUCAUGGCAGGUUCCACAUAGACAGGUACAGAGCCCGGCACAUGGGUCAAACAUCAGGUCUGAACAAAACUGUCCAACUAGCUGUGAGCUGAACUUAUUAGAAUAUUAUAUACUUAUUAAAAUGUU